UCAUUCUCAAAAAUUUUUUAUUCAACUCAAUUUCAUUCCGUUGAACUUUCUUCACACUUUAAUGCCAUCAUCGUAGAAGAUAGUUUAUUGUGUUCAUUUUUUUGCAAUAUAUUUUUUGUCGACUUUCAUUUUUUUUUUUUAUAUUGAUUGAGGAUUUCUCGCGUGCAUGAAUUCGCAUCUUAAUAGGUUUUUUAGUCUUGUGCAAUUUAUAGUUAAUGCAUCGUUAAUUCAAACUAACUAUCAAAAACAUUGAAUAUAGCGAUUUAGUUCCACACUGACUACGACUAAUACAAGACUUACUAGCUUUCCGAGACUUACACAAGUCAUGUCAGUCAACGACAUGGAAAUUCGUAAUCGAAACGAAAAUGUUGAAGGAAAUAUCGAAAACAAUGCUCGGAUGCAAACAGCCAAAAUGGACGAUAUUGAUGAUAGUGUAUCGCUAAGCAACUUUAAGGUUUUGUAUAUCCUUACACAAUUAUCAGGAAUUACACUGAUUGUAUUGAUGGGAAGUUGGAUUUUAAUACAUUUGGGAGGAUUUGCAGGAACAAGCAAUCCAUCAGUGGAAUUUAACUGGCAUCCAUUCUUGAUGACAAUCGGACUUAUUUUCUUGUAUGGAAAUGCAAUUCUCAUCUACCGUGGACUACGCCACACCCGCAAGAAGACCCUCAAGUACACUCAUGCCUCCAUUCAUAUGGCAGCAUUCAUUUUAGUCAUACUUGGUGGUAAGGCUUCCUUCGAUUCGCACAACCUCAAAGUUCCACCCAUUCCAAACAUGUACUCAUUGCAUUCCUGGUUGGGCGGUGCUGCUAUAUUUAUGUUUCUAUGCCAAUAUAUUGGUGGAUUCAUUGCCUAUUUAUAUCCGGGAGCAAAAGAAAACUUCAAAAUCGCCCUCAUGCCUUUCCACAUUUAUUUUGGACUUUUUGGAUUUGUAUUAUCGAUUGCAAGUGCCCUAACGGGUUUGACAGAAAAAGCAUUUUUCUCAAUGCCUAAUGGCAUUUAUUCAUCACUUCCCACAUCUGGACUAAUGGUUAACAUAAUGGGUGUGUUAAUGGUUGUAUUCGGUGCCCUUGUAAUGUAUCUGAGUACAGAACCAAAAUUCAAGCGAAGGCCUAUUCCAGAAGAUGCAGUUUUACUCACUGGAGUUAAUGAGUAAACAAAGUUGAAAAAUAGCAACGUAUUUUGUGUUUCAUAAUUUACAUCAUACUUAAAUCUCAAAAAGCUUUAUUUCGAAUUAUGGUUGUCGACUUGUAUUGUAUUUAUAUAUAAAUUGUUUAAUUUUUUUUUUUGUAUUGUAGUUUCUUACAAUUUACUUACAUUUAUGUAUAAUAUUUUUUCUAAGACUUAUCAUAUUUUUUUAUUUUAUUCACAUUUGAUUUGAUCUGCACAAAAAAAUAUUUGUACUCAAUAAUGUUUUCAAAAUACAUUUAUGUGUGUAAUGUAACGUAUUACCUACGUAUUUAUACUUAUAAGAAGUAUUGUGUGUUAAGAAAUUUGUUAAACAAAAUAUUAUAAAAACAGAAAAAAUUCAUUUAAAAUAAGC